CCAGCCCUGCGGGGCGGGCAGCAUGGUUCACUCCAGCAUGGGGGCUCCAGAAAUAAGGAUGUCUAAGCCCUUGGAGGCCGAGAAGCAAGGUCUGGACUCCCCUUCAGAGCACACAGACACCGAAAGAAAUGGACCAGACACUAACCAUCAGAACCCCCAGAACAAGACCUCCCCAUUCUCUGUGUCCCCAGCUGGCCCCGGCACCAAGAUCAAGGCUGAAGACCCCAGUGGUGACUCAGCCCCAGCAGCACCCCCGCCCCCCCAGCCGGCUCAGCCGCAUCUCCCCCAGGCCCAACUCAUGUUGACAGGCAGCCAGCUCGCCGGGGACAUACAGCAGCUCCUCCAGCUACAGCAGCUCGUGCUUGUGCCGGGUCACCACCUCCAGCCACCUGCUCAGUUCCUGCUGCCACAGGCCCAGCCGACUCAGCCAAGCCUGCUACCAACACCAAAUCUAUUCCAGCUACCUCAGCAAACCCAGGGAGCUCUUCUGACCUCCCAGCCCCGGGCUGGGCUGCCCACACAGCCCCCCAAAUGCUUGGAGCCACCAUCCCACCCCGAGGAGCCCAGUGAUCUAGAGGAGCUGGAGCAGUUCGCCCGCACCUUCAAACAAAGACGCAUCAAGCUGGGCUUCACGCAGGGUGACGUGGGCCUGGCCAUGGGCAAGCUGUACGGCAACGACUUCAGCCAGACGACCAUCUCUCGCUUCGAGGCCCUCAACCUGAGCUUCAAGAACAUGUGCAAACUCAAGCCACUCCUGGAGAAGUGGCUCAACGACGCAGAGACUAUGUCUGUGGACUCAAGCCUGCCCAGCCCCAACCAGCUGAGUAGCCCCAGCCUGGGUUUCGACGGGCUCCCUGGCCGGAGACGCAAAAAGAGGACCAGCAUCGAGACAAACGUCCGCUUCGCCUUAGAGAAGAGUUUUCUAGCGAACCAGAAGCCUACCUCAGAGGAGAUCCUGCUGAUCGCAGAGCAGCUGCACAUGGAGAAGGAAGUGAUCCGCGUCUGGUUCUGCAACCGACGCCAGAAGGAGAAGCGCAUCAACCCCUGCAGCGCAGCCCCCAUGCUGCCCAGCCCGGGGAAGCCGGCCAGCUACAGCCCCCAUCUGGUCACACCCCAAGGGGGUGCCGGAACCUUGCCGUUGUCCCAAGCUUCCAGCAGUCUGAGCACAACAGUUACUACCUUAUCCUCAGCUGUGGGGACGCUCCACCCCAGCCGGACAGCUGGAGGGGGUGGGGGCGGGGGUGGGGCCUUGCCCCCCCUCAAUUCCAUCCCUUCUGUCACUCCCCCACCCCCGGCCACCACCAACAGCACAAAUCCCAGCCCUCAAGGCAGCCACUCGGCUAUCGGCUUGUCGGGCCUGAACCCCAGCACGGGAAGCACAAUGGUGGGGUUGAGCUCCGGGCUGAGUCCAGCCCUCAUGAGCAACAACCCUUUGGCCACUAUCCAAGCCCUGGCCUCUGGUGGAACCCUGCCCCUUACCAGCCUUGAUGGCAGCGGGAACCUGGUGCUGGGGACGGCCAGCGCAGCCCCCGGGAGCCCCGGCCUGGUGACCUCACCGCUCUUCCUGAACCAUGCUGGGCUACCCCUGCUCAGUGCCCCGCCUGGCGUGGGCCUGGUCUCAGCAGCUGCUGCGGCCGUGGCAGCCUCCAUCUCCAGCAAGUCUCCUGGCCUCUCCUCCUCUUCCUCCUCGUCCUCGUCCUCCACUUGCAGCGAGGUGGCAGCACAGACCCCUGGAGGCCCAGGGGGGCCCGAGGCAGGGUCCAAGCCUGAGUGAGGGCCCGUCAUGCUUCUCCUCCUACUCCUCUGAGCCCCGCCUCAGCCCCCAGCCUGGGAAGAUGGCAAGGGGACCAACGGUGGGGGUGCAGAGGGUCCUCGGAGCAGGAGUGACAAAGGAGGAAAAACCAAAAAAACAAAAAACAAAAAACCCAACCAACCAAAAAGAAAAAAGAAAGAAGAAACCAACCAACAAAAGAAAACCAAAAAUAAUCACAACAGAAACCAGCUGUCCCAAAGGAACCAGAGGUGAAAAACAAAAAUAACCAAAAACAAACAAAAAAUUCCCCCACCAAACCAAACCAAAAACCAGUUGCGAGCCAGACCUCAGUGUGCUCACCGCUACGACACCAAAUAAGAACCCCAGCCAGGGGCAGAGAAGCCUCAGCAGGGUGGACCUCAUGCCGAGCCCCUGGCUGUGGGGCCAACCCCAACCUUGCCUCCCCCCGUGGGGGCCAGAGAAGGAAAAAGGGAAUGUGCCAGCCUCCUAGCCCCAGCUCCUAGCCCUGGGCCAGCGAAGACAGGGCCAGCGUGGGGCCGAUGGGGUGGCUCAGAACCAUCCUUCAAAUGUUCUUUUCCAGAAGGUUAAAGAGAAAGGGCCUGAACAACCUUACACCAAAUAUUCAGUAGCUUCAUCCAAAGGAUGUACAGAAUUUUUAGCAUUGUGCUCAACAGAAUGUGUCCCUACCAUGUGUCCCCGACCUCCCCUGGCCCCCAGCUCUCCCCACCUGGGCAGGUGGUCUUGCUUUAACCUCUUUCCUCCCCCAGCCAGGGGAGAGUUCAGUGGCAGGCCUGGGAUGACUUUGCACCCCUAUACCUCCCCCUUUCCCUGUGAAGGGUGGGCUAGGCUGUUUUUCCAAGUUCUAGCUCUCACAUGUCCUCCUCAGUCCUGUCACCAUCCUCUGCUCUGGAAUCUAUCCCCCUCCCCAACCUAUGGGGAGGUGGAAGUUCCUGGCAGGAGGGGAUGACUUGAGGGCAUUCAAGCUUUUUUUCCAUCCUUGUCUGUCAGUUUCCCUGAAAAAAAAAAAAAAAAAACUCAUAUUCCAGUGCCUAUCCGUGGGAUCCUUCACGUUCUUUGACAUUGACCAGAAACCAAAAAGAGAACUCACCUCUCUUCCAACCCUGUGCCCCUCUGAUACUGGUGGAUGCCUCCCCCCUACCAUGCACACACACACACACACACACACACACACACACACCCAAUGGUGGGGUUCCUCCAGGUGGUGUCCCCAUCAGGGUCCAUGUGGUGGGGACAGUGCCAUGACCUGUGGUCCCCAUCCAAGAGGGCACUGUGGUGGCCACCACUCCCAUGAGAACUCCGUGGAGUUGUGGCUGGACCCUGUGAUGCCCAGCUCUGGACACACCUCGACGGACAGAGGAGAGGUGCCGCUGGGAGCCACUUUGCCCUCCUACAAUUGUGGAGGCCAACAAAGUUUGAACCAAAAACAAAAAUACCAAACAAUAAAUUAAAACUAGAAAAGAAAAGAAUUUAUAGAUAUAUAUAUAUUUAAGGGAAAGAAGAUGAGGACUCUUCAAGAAUAAGGAGGAGCCGCAAGGCGGAGCCAAGCCCCUGCACCUGUGGUCCAGGCCCUUGGUCCCCCAGUCGGAUGGAAGGACGGAUGCUUCUUUCUCUUCACAAAUACCUCAUGGACGUCGUCUUCGGGAAAGCUGGAGGGGUCGGCUGGGGCAGGGCCUGUCCCUCAGCCAGGGUGGAUGGGAGCGGGUGGGCAGGGCCGAGAGGGUGUCAGGGACAGGGGUGAAGAGCCCAGCUCCCUGCACCCCAAUCAACUGAAAAAGCUUUAAAAAAAAAAACAGGAAAAACAAGAAUAGGGAAGCAAAAAGAAUGGACAAAGGAAAACAAACUUUCGGGUGGUUUGAUUCCUCUGAUUUCUUUUUCUGUUCUUUUCGGUCUGUCCUCUCCCCUCUGCUCCCUCUUUCCCUCUCCCUCGCUCGUCCCGCCCCUCUCGAUAUAGUACUCUCAGUGUCUCUCCUCAAACCAAAGUGUUGCUGUGAAGGACGCGAGCCAUGGAAAGCAGAGCGGCCCUGUGGCCGCUGGGCGGAGCAGGGGAGCCUGGACCCUCCCAGGAGAGGCAGACACAGCUCGGACGCCACCCUGGGCCCUGGGGCCUCAGCGUUCUUUUUUGUCUCCCUUCUCCCACCCGGGAAAUGGAACUGUUGGGCUGGGCCGUGGAGGCAGCAGAGACUCGGCUGUUUCGGGGAUCUCGGGGUGUCUGCCCCCCAACAUUGGCACCUAUGGGACCUGGCAUGCCGUCGACCCAGCCUUGCCAGAAUGUAAGCAUCUCCGCCGAACGACUCCCUGCCCUGACCCUACCUCUGAGUUUGUCCAUUUUUAUUUCUUGAAGAGAAGGGACUGGCGAGAGGGCCUGGGCCUCAGCCUAAGGGUGGAGAGGCAGCCAAGGGCUCCUGAACAGCUAGGAAAGAUAUUUGAGCAGAGCAAAGUGAAAGGAAUUACAACCAAAAACCCCUCCGAGAAGACAGGAAGCAUGGAAGGCAUGGUGGAGAUGACUCAAACAAAAACUAUGAUCCUAGACCAAAAAAAAAGAAAGAAAAAAAGGAAAGAAAAUCCAGGACUCAUCACCACCCACUUCAUCCUGCUUUCUCCUCAUCGAGUCCUGUCCCCCCCACCUCUCCCUCACCCCAGUGGUGUUGGGGGGAGGGCAGGGCAGAUAGGAUGGGAGGAAUCGGGGGCAGGGAUGGGGCCGAUGCCCUGACAUUGGUGGAGGGAACCCCAUGCAGCCAGGGGUGGUGGGGACCCUCCCCAUCCAAUCCCCAUAACUGGGAAAAGGAAACAA